GACAAUGCGGACUAGAGUCAACGCUGGAAAGCAUCCGGCGGAGGACGCGAGAUGGUUGCGAUCCCGGUGGUGGAUCUGGCGGCGGAGGGCCAUGGGCAGCUUCUGCUGGAUGCGUGCCGGUGGCCGGGCUGCUUCCGGGUGGUCAACCAUGGCAUUCCGGCGGCGCUGCAGGCGGAGAUGAAGGCCGCCGUCCGCUCCCUCUUCGACCUCCCCGCCGACGUCAAGCUCCGCAACGCCGACGUCAUUGCCGGCAGCGGCUACAUGUGCCCCACUACCGUGAACCCGCUCUACGAGGCCUUCGGCCUCUACGACGCCGCCUCCCCCGCCGACGUCGACGCCUUCUGCUCCUGCCUCGACGCCCCGCCCCACCACAGGGAGACUAUUAGAUUUUAUGCUUCGCAUCUUCACCCUCUAGUGGCGAGCAUUGCAAGCAAAAUAGCAGAGAGCCUGGGCCUGGUGGGCUACUCAUUCAGUGACUGGCCUUGCCAGUUUAGGAUGAACAGAUACAACUUCACCCCAGAAACUGUUGGCUCCUCGGGUGUGCAAAUUCACACGGACUCGGGGUUCCUCACAGUGCUGCAGGAAGACGAAUCCGUUGGGGGCCUUGAGGUGAUGGACGCUAACGGCACGUUUGUGGCUGUUGAUCCUCUUCCGGGUUCCCUCCUUGUCAACCUAGGCGACGUUGCAAAGGUGUGGAGUAACGGGAUACUGCACAACGUAAAGCACCGAGUUCUUUGCAAAGAAGCGGCAACUCGGAUCUCUAUAGCCUUAUUUCUGCUAGCACCAAAGGAUGACAAAGUAGAAGCACCAGCCGAACUGGUGGGUCCGAAGAUCCCGCGCCUCUACCGAUCUUUUUAUUAUGAAGACUACCGGAAGCUACGGUUCUCCUCCGAACUGCAAGCAGGUGAAGCCCUCUCACUUCUAGCUGCAUGAGAAGCAACUACCAGAGCAUAGUACCACCCCCGGUGGCACCAUAAUUUUCACAAACAAUGGAGAACCAUAAUAUGCAGUAUAAGAGGAUAAAAUAAAUGGUGCUUGUGGAAGUAUAUUACUUGUGUAAUAAUAACACGGAAUAGACUGAACUUUGUUUCGUUUGUGCCCGUUUGUUAUAUAUGCGCUCAAAUGUUAUACUUUCA